AUGGCCCAGCAAACUGAUCAUAAAAAGGUCGAAAAUAAGCUAGACUUAGUAGCACAUCUCUUUUUAAUCUACUUGAGCCAUUCUUCGCUUUUAGCAGACAAUGUUAACGUUCAAGUUAAGGAUAUCGGCAAAAAGAACAUCGAGUUUCACAUUAAUGUUGAUGCCGAGAGCGCGAUUGCAAAACUGAACCUUGAGAGCUGCAAUGGACCUCUCGAAGUUAUUGUUAUGGAUAUGAGCGGUGGGGAAAAAUGUAUGAUUAGCUUAUGUUACCAAGAGCAGGCACUAAAACAGGGGAUAUUCAACUACUCGAGAGAACUCGUACCCGAUGCAGACAAGAUAGUAUUUCCAUUGGAAAAGUCACAAGUUGUCGACUACUACACUGAACUGGUAGAUUGGAACCUGGACGUCAAGUUCCGCUUGAAAGACCAGCCAAGCCAAAAGCCAUCGCACCUCCGGGAAAAUGAAGGUAAUUCGUCUCCGUCAGCAGUGCAUGAGAAGCUAGAACACCUCAAGUUUGGCAACCCUCCCGUUCCUUCAAGCCACUCGCAUUCAAGGAAUCCUUACACAGAUAUUCCAGGUUUCGAAGAUGAGUACGAAAUCCAGCAACAGCCAGGAAUCCCUGUCACAGGCGCAUUUGGUGUACCAGGCCUCGCCGCCCCGGGGCCUAGCGCUGGUUACGGCGAUCAAGACCUAUACCCUGGAGGCCAAAAGUAUCCGAACUUACAAGAUCCAUCAUCGCGGUUCCCUGCUGCGCAGCGCCAGCCAGGCCAAGGAGGCAUGGUUUUUGAUCCGUUCCGCACUGGUCAGGGCGACCCGCGCUCUAAUCCACUGCGAGGCGAAGGGCCCACAGGACCAACGCCUCCAUUCCCGGGUGCUCGGUUCGAUGAUCCAUUCGGAAGGACGUCGCAACAGGGAGGGGGCGGCGGCUUCAUUUAG